AUGAUCGUCCCGUCCCUCUCCAGGGCGUCCAUAGAGACCAUGAAGGAACCAGACAAGUGCCUGGACUCAAAGCUCUGGCAUGCCUGUGCCGGUGGGAUGGUCAACAUGCCGACGCUCAACUCGCUGGUCUACUACUUCCCGCAAGGGCAUGCGGAGCACUCGCAUGGCAUCGUCGACUUCGGGCGCCGCCCGCGCAUACCUUCCUACCUCCUCUGCAGGGUGUUUUCCAUCGAUUACAUGGCCGAUGAGGAGACAGACGAGGUUUUCGCGAGGAUGAAGCUGGUUCCCGCGAGAGCCGACGAGCUUGAUUACUACAGGGAGAACGUCGGUCUGCAGGACAGCAAUGGCUCGGAUUUGUCCGAGAAGCCCCCAUCCUUUGCCAAGACGCUGACCCAGUCCGACGCCAACAACGGGGGAGGCUUUUCAGUUCCUCGAUACUGCGCGGAGACAAUCUUCCCACGGCUCGACUACUCUGCCGACCCCCCUGCCCAGACGGUCCUCGCCAAGGACGUCCAUGGCGAGGUCUGGAAGUUCCGGCAUAUCUACAGGGGAACCCCUCGCCGGCAUCUUCUGACGACUGGAUGGAGCAGCUUUGUGAACCAGAAGAAGCUCGUGGCCGGGGACUCCAUCGUGUUCUUGAGAACCGAGAGGGGUGAACUCUGCGUUGGGAUCCGGCGCGCGAAGAGGAGAAUCGGCAGCGAACUGGAGACUCCGUCGGGGUGGAACACGCCCUCUGCCAUUUGCUUACCUCCUCCCCCUGGGGGGUUCUCUCUCUUCUCGAGGGAGGACGAGAGCAAGCCGACGACGAGGAGCAAUGGAUGCGGCGGAAGUCCGAGUUCUGGCUGGAGCGCCGCGGCGAAGGGGCGGCUGACGCCAGAGGCGGUCAUCAAAGCUGUGACUCUCGCGGCCAAUGGGCAGCCCUUUGAGGUCGUCUACUACCCGAGGGCGAGCACGCCGGAGUUCUGUGUGAGGACGGGGGCUGUGAAGGCCGCUCUGAGAAUCAACUGGUGCUCGGGGAUGCGGUUCAAGAUGGCCUUCGAGACCGAGGACUCGUCGAGGAUCAGCUGGUUCAUGGGCACCAUAUCGUCCGUUCAAUGCGCGGACGCUCUCCGCUGGCCUGAUUCUCCUUGGAGGAUCCUCCAGGUUCUCCCUCCUCUCCCCCUCCACCGCUCCAUAGGAUUUCCUCAGAUCCCCCUGCCGGUGUUCAGAUCGGUCGCGUCACUUCUUCUUCUUCUUCUUCACUUCACUGGCUGACGUAUUUUUUCCCAAACUCGCUACGCAGGUGUCGUGGGACGAACCUGAUUUACUUCAGAACGUGAAGUGCGUCAAUCCCUGGCUGGUCGAAUUGGUUUCCAGCGGGCCGGCCGUCCACCUGAUGAUGCCCUUCUCUCCGCCGAGGAAGAAAUUGUGCCUCUCCCAGGCGCCACCACCCAGUUUCCCCCUCGACGGGCACGUAAUGUCUCCGCUGUUCUCAGGCGAACUCCUGGAGGCCUGCGGCGACCACCGCUUGUGCUCCACCCCAGACGGCGCUCCUGCCGGCAUACAGGGAGCCAGGCAUGCUCAAUUCGGCAUAUCGCUGUCAGAUCUCUGCAUCCACAAGCUGCAGUCGGGCCUGCUUGAGGCCGCCAACAAACCCUGCAGGCUUUCCUCCAUGGAUUCCAUUGCCGGGAACCAACAACCUAUCCGCGAUGAUGUCACUUGUCUGCUCGUCGGCAACUCCUCUUCCUCUCCCGCGAGAGAGACCUGCGGAGCGAAGGCGCCGCAUUUCUUGCUCUUCGGGCAGCCCAUACUCACGGAGCAGCAGAUCUCACUGGCCUGCGGCGAGGAGGCGGCCGGACCGGUGAGCUCCGGCAAGGCGGCGGAGGUUCUGGCCACCGGUUCUGGGUCCGCCGUGGGUCCCGAGGCCAGCUCCAGUGACGGGUCCUUGGGGUGCAAAGACGGCCACUCGGCGGCGACCGGGCCGCCGGGAUUGGGCACGGGGCUCUGCAAGGUCUUCCUGCGAUCCGAGGGUGUGGCCCGCAGUCUCGAUCUCCUUGCCCUCGGCUCUUACGAGGAGCUUCGCACCAGGCUGACAGAUAUGUUCGGUCUCAAGACGUUAGAGAUGAAGAAGCACGUGCUCUACGAGGACGUGACCGGCGCAGUCAGGCACACCGGAGCUGAACCUUUUAGGUAAGCCUGCCGGAGUCUCCUCCGCCGAUCAGUCGGAGAGGAACAGCUUGGCUAGCGUCUUGAUUGAAUUCGCAGUGGCGUCGACAACUUUGUGCGUAGAAAGAUGAUGACGCGGUGGCGGGUUUUCGUUUUUCCUUGUGCUGUGCAGUGACUUCGCAAGAACAGCGAGGAGGUUGCAGAUUCUUGCGAGUCCGGGACGGAAGGACGCCGCGAGGAGAUAA